AACAAUUGCCAGGGAGGAGCCAGAUCCAGCCAGGGGCCGGGUCUGGGUUUUUUCAGUGUUAAUGUGCGGGGAUGUGUCAGGGUCUAGAAUUGGGGAGGGAGGGAGGAAGCGAGACUGUCUUUAUUUAGAUAUUAGAAGGGGAGGGCUCGGCACCGAAACGCUGCAGCAUCCCGCUACUGGCUCUGGUUUGCUUUCGCAGCCCUCCUGCUCCGGGACGCGUGGGGGCGAGGCUGGAGUUCCCUGGCGCCGCAGCAGCGGCCUGACUUGAUCCUCUGGUUCUGACUGUACAGUUUCAGGGCUUGGCCCCCACAAACCGGCAGGCUCCGGGUCGAUCCAGCCUGACUUUUCGCCAAAGCUCCCCGCCUACGCCAGGUCCCCCUGCCGCACUGAGAAACUGACCCCUUGGGGUAAGGGUACCACCCUGAGGUGGGACCCAAGGGAACUGGGUGGCACCGCCUCCAUUGUUUAUCCUGGCUGCCUAGUGGAGGAGGAGGGCCCUUGAUUUCACCAGGGAACAGGAGGGGGGAUAGUGCUGGGAGCCGCAGGGAAUGAGGAGUAGAGGCGAACGGUGCAGCAGGGGGAGCGACCGGCGGGGCUCGGGUGCAGCAGGAUCCGCCGCUGCCGGGGCGUGGGCGCCUGGGCUGGCGCUUCCCUGGGUCAGGGGGUGGGGAGCGCGGCCCGGGGGAGCCGCUCCUCUGCCCCGGCGCCGGGGUCCGCUGGCCAGGCGGGGAGCAUGGAGGAGGCAGGCGGCCGCCUGGACGCGCAGUACGAGCGCCUGGCGCUGGACACGGCGCUGAGCACCCUGCUGGCCGUGCUGCUGUACGUGGCGGUGAAGGUGAGCGUGGACAGGCUCCGCCACUGGAGGGCGAGGGUCUCGGUGCUGAUCGUGGGGGCUGGCCCCGCGGGGCUGACGGCCGCGCUGGUCGCUGUCCGCUCGGGCAAGGUGCUGAAGCUGACGCUGCUGGACGAGCGCUGCCGGGCAGCCCUGCUCUGCAGACCCCAGCAGAUCGCCCUGCAGCCGCGCAGCGUCCGGUUCCUGCUGGCCCUGGGGGUGGAUUUCGAUAACAUGGAGGGCUGCUGGGACAACGAGCACUUCUUCACCCGCAUCGGCGUCUUCCAGGAGCACCUGCUGAGCAUCCUGGAGCAGCAGAAGUACAGGCAGGAGAUCCGGAUCCUGCUGGGCACCAAGUUCUCAGAUGACUUUAUAAGGAAGAGUUUAGCCUCUGAGUGGCCAAAAAUAAUUGUGAUAGCAGAUGGAUCCUGUGGAGAAUCAAGCUCAGUUCUCGGAAUCAGUCCAGAUUACAUUGUGGAAUCCUGUAAUGCUUAUGGAGCAAAUGCAGCUAUUGAGAGGCCUGAUCAGAGGCAGGUGCCAACUCCAGAGAUCCGUGCUCACAGUCUAUAUUUUGAUCUUUCUGCUUAUGGAAUGGAUAUAUCUUCCACGGGUAAGGAAUCUCUGAAGCCAGGAUUUCAUCUGAAAAUCUAUGGGACAUUCCGUAAUCGAUACAUGGCUUUGGCAUGUCCAGCUUCUGAUUCCAAAGUUGUUAGAUUCCUACGGCAUACUCUCAAUUCCUCAAUAAUGAAGAACAUAUUCCACCAAUCUUUCAAUGCCUACAAGAUGGAUAUUGAACCCAGGGUGAAUGAAUUGACUCUACAUCAUGUCCAGUGUAGUAGAAGACUCUUUGAGAUCAUGCUUUCUCAUAGGAGAGUUACAGCAGCCUUCAUUGAGGGGGACAAUGUAGUGGUCACUGUGGAAGGAGAAGCUGCCAGAGUGCUGAAUUUUGACACUGGCUGUGGAGUUAAUCUUGGACUGAGAGGCUUGGAAUCCUUGGAAGAAUUAAUUUACAGGGUUGCUACAGCAGUGGAUCAGAAUGAUAUCUUUGAAGCACUGUCUGCCAAAAUACGACACUCCAAGCAAGUGUCAGAGGAUUUUAAGCAGAACGGAUUAUUUACCACAGUUUUUGAAUAAACAGGUGGAAGGAAUGCAAUGCAGCACUGUAAAGAUCUGGGCCUAUUUAUAGGACAAACAAAAUGAAUGGUAACUCUGCAUAACUCUGACUGCAAAAAAAAUUCAGGACCUCAAAUUCAGCACAGUUGUCUAAAACUUAAAAAGGUUGAGCAGGCCCCUUUAGGAUCCAAAGUCACUUUUUUCCCCCACAAUGGGGGAAUUGUUGUUCUUUUUGGUGAUCCUACAGUCCUUGUUCCAUGGAGUAGUCUUAGUGACUUCACUGGGAUGCUCAUGUGAUACGGGCUGCAGGGUCAGGCCCUUAAUAGGGAAAAAAAAAUUUGUGGCCUCAGCUUGUCCUCUGAGUUUGUGGUCCAACUCCUGUUGAAAUUAUUGGAAAACCUCCCACUGAUUCCAGUGAUGCAAGCCCCAAUUCUGCAAUGUGAUGCACAUGGGCAGAUCCUUGGGCCCACGUGGAGCCCCACUGAAGUCAUGCCUUAAACUCAGAUGUCUGGUUGAGGACUCAUGUAUGUAUUUCCUACUCUGGGGUAAUACAAAUGAGAUGGGAGUAAUACUGGUAGAUUGGGGAAUAAAUGUGGAUGAGGUAGCAAAGGGUUUGCUGCUCUCUUGAUAGAUGGUGUGUCCCCCACUUGUCAGAAUUUGCAGUUUAAGGGUAGGUUUUCCCAGCUGCUCUAAGAGAAUCAAGUAGUAGUGGCCAAAACAUCAUUGUAAAGACUGCAACUGUUUCCUUCAGGUGUAAAUUCUGUUGUCAUGGUUCUAGUUAGAGCUGGUCAAAAAAUGGAAAAUAAAAUGGUGAAAGGUG